AGGAGAUGGAGCAGAGAUCAGUGUCCUGCGAGGCCACAUGUGGUUACAGCAGCAGCAGCAGUAGCCUCAUCAAACAGGUAAAUUCAAUUACAUUUAGAAAAAAGCAAAGCCUGCGUCUGCUGACAUAACACUGCAGACAUUACCUCAACAUUUUCAGAAAUCCAUCAUUAAAACAUGCCAAGAUUCAUGAGUCUUUACCAAAACAUCCUCAUCCACGCUGAGCCUCUGAAGGAGUCAGUGCGCCCUCGUGUGAUCAUCGGCAGAAACUGCAGGAUUGGUUGGUCUACUAAGUGUUGAGCAAGGUGAGUGGGUGUGAACAGGGUGACUCAUAUUGAGCCAAGCAAAAAAAACAAAAAAACCCUCCCCUAUACAUUCAAAACCUGAGCAGGCAGGAACAGACAAAGCUCAUUUGGCAAAUCGCACCGGACAGAAUGGAUACAGAUAAGAAAAGCACGAUUCUAAGAGAAGGAUUCCUGGUGAAAAGGGGUCAUCUUGUGCACAACUGGAAGGCACGCUGGUUCGUGUUGAUGCCAGACAAGCUGCUGUAUUACAAGUAUGAAGGAGGUAAAAGAGACUCAUGUCAGCGAGGGAAAAUCCUGCUGAAGGACUGUGUCAUAACUUGUCCUUUUCUGGAGUAUGACAAUCGGCCGUUGGUGUUUAAGCUUCAGACAAAGAAUUUGGUGGAUCAUUUCCUGGAGGCUUGUUCCCGGGAGGAGCGAGAUGAGUGGGCAGCUGAGAUCACCGCUGCAGUGGAUAAACUGCGGACAGGUGAUGGUGGGAAAGCGACCAGCCAACAAGACCCUGCUGGAUUCCAGUUACAUGACAUCAAUCUGAGCAAGGUGUUGGACUCCAUGUAUGAUGUUCACAGUGGAAUCAAGAUGAGCAACCAUGUGGAGCAGGGCAGCACUUACCACAACUGUUUCUCAGGCUCAGCGGUGGUGGACUGGCUGGUGUUCAUGGAGCUUGCUCUGACCCGUGUGGAGGCGGUGACGCUGGCCUCGGCCCUGCUGGAGGAGGGUUUCCUGAGGACUGUCGGCCUGAAGAGCGUGGAGGCCCUCCGCACCGCCGGCCUCAGCGAGCAGUUCAUGGACGACUCCACUGCACUGUACAGCUUUUCUGACAGUUUGAAGAAGAGAGGCAGCGUGAAGGCAGAGACGUCGCUGUCUGCAGUGGAGCUGAGCGGAAAAGUGAUAAAGAGAGGCUACCUGCUGAAACAGGGACACAGAAGGAAAAACUGGAAGGUGCGACUGUUUGUGCUGCGUUCAGAGCCUGCUUUCCUUCAUUACUAUGAUCCCACCAAGGAUGACAUCAGCCCCGCUGGCGGCUUCUCGCUCCGAAGCUGUCUGGUAUCCUCUCUGGAUGAUAAUGGAGUUCCCUCAGGUGUAAAAGGCAACAUUCAAGGCAACCUCUUUAAAAUCAUCACUCAGUCAGACACACAUUACUUCAUCCAGGCGCCGACCCACAAGGAGAAGAUGGACUGGAUAGAUGCAAUCAGAGAGCAGACAUAGAGCAGCAGAUUCGGGUUAUUUAUCCAGUUAUGAAGAAGACUGAAUUUACACAUUCCAUGAAUGUACUAUAGCAACAAACUGGGAACACGUUAUCAAAUGAAAGUGUUUGAGGGUGCAUAACAUUUCUGUUCAUCUCCAAAAUGCCAAUUUUACAGAAAAAAACAGCCAUUUUUAGCUUGAUCCUUGAUCCAUUGAGUUUGAAAAAGCCUUU